AUGCCAACACCUCUUGGGUCUCAUGCCACUGGCCUAGGACGAGAUCACAUCCUGUGCGCAUGUCCUCAACUAGGAUGCUCACAACAGACUAUAGAGUUCAUGGGCCAAGUUCAUCAAGGUGAAUUGUUCAGUCGGAAAAGUUAUCCUAAGCACCACAAUCAGAUCAAUAGGCUUUCAAUGCCCAGCCAAUCCGUGCAUCACCCGACUAACAAAAUCACAACACCAAUGCAACAAUUGGCACUUGGACCCCUCCCUCAUGUUACUGGUUCAACUAUUGAAGGACCAGUUGCAUCCACUAGUCAAGCACCACCACCACCAACUCUUGCACCAAUUGGAGCUGCAAUCCCCAUACGAACCAAAAAACGACCUCGCAAUGAUGAUGAAGACGACAAAGUCAUAUUGGUUCAACCAAGCUCAAAAGCACCCCGACAAGAACCAGUUCACACCCAAAUUACGACUUCAACUCCACGUAGAUUCUUGCAGGAUCCUCUCUGCAUGCGAGAAAUGUUCAAAGUUGCCAAGGAACACCUCUUUCAUCACGUUGGGGUCAAAGCUUGUCAAACAAGUCUGGCCAAAGCUAGAGAGUCUGUAAAAGAACACAAGCUUGCACAAGAUCCAACCACCAAACAGAAAGUUUGGACCCAGAUCCCCCUUGGCCUUCCCGCACUUUUCAAGCUCUUGAAACUCGAGACGUCCAUCCAAUCACAACUGUGUUGCCCAUUCUGUUGUGCUUUGUCUUCAAUUCAAGCACCUUUACCACGCAAUGCAUCACCAGCUCCACUCUGUGAUGUCCCACGAUUCACUACGAAAGCAUCAACUACUCUUCCCUGA